GCCCCCCUCCCUCCCUCCCUCUCUCUCUCUCUCUCUCUCUUUUCCGGCGGACCCGGGAGAGGCCUGCGCCCCCGCCCGCCCGCCCUCCCACCCCCCCGCCCUCACGAGAAGCGGACCGAGGAGAGGCCUUCUUCCUUCCUUCUUCCCCAGGGACAGGGCAAUGCUGUGACGAAACCGCUGCUCCUCUCGCACUGGAUGGACGCCCACUGACCGCGUGGAGCCCCUCCUGAGCAUUGCCUGCGCACUGUCCACCCGGCGACGUCCUGCUGCGCCUCCUCUUUGCCUGGGAUGCUGUUCGUGCCUUGCGCUGCCUGGUGGGGGACGACUCCCGGCUGCUUUGGGGCGACCGAGUAACCUAAACUCGAGAGCAGUUGCGGUGCUGAGCACCACGCUGGGACAGCAUGUCGGGCCCAGUGCCAAGUCGAGCGAGAGUCUACGCAGACGUCAACACGCAGAGGCCCCGCGAGUAUUGGGACUACGAGUCACACAUUGUGGAAUGGGGCAACCAAGAUGACUACCAGCUUGUGCGGAAACUCGGCCGUGGCAAGUACAGCGAGGUCUUCGAAGCCAUCAAUAUCACCAACAACGAGAAGGUUGUGGUGAAAAUCCUCAAGCCAGUAAAAAAGAAGAAAAUCAAGCGUGAGAUUAAGAUCCUGGAGAACCUCCGAGGAGGACCCAACAUCAUUAGCCUUCUAGACAUCGUCAAGGACCCGGUGUCCCGAACACCCGCCCUGGUCUUUGAACACGUCAACAACACAGAUUUCAAGCAAUUGUACCAGACGCUCUCAGACUUCGACAUCCGAUUCUACAUGUAUGAAAUCCUGAAGGCGCUGGACUAUUGCCACAGCAUGGGGGUCAUGCACCGGGACGUCAAGCCACACAAUGUGAUGAUUGACCACGAGCACCGGAAGCUGCGCCUGAUUGACUGGGGUCUGGCGGAGUUCUACCAUCCGGGGCAGGAGUACAACGUUCGGGUGGCUUCCCGGUACUUCAAGGGCCCAGAGCUCUUGGUGGACUAUCAGAUGUACGACUACAGCCUGGACAUGUGGAGCCUGGGCUGCAUGCUGGCCAGUAUGAUCUUCCGCAAGGAGCCGUUCUUCCAUGGACACGACAACUACGACCAGCUGGUGCGGAUCGCCAAAGUGCUGGGCACGGAGGACCUCUACGACUACAUUGACAAGUACAACAUUGAACUGGACCCCCGCUUCAACGACAUCCUCGGCAGACAUUCCCGCAAGCGGUGGGAGCGCUUUGUGCACAGCGAGAACCAGCACCUGGUCAGCACGGAGGCCCUGGACUUCCUGGACAAGCUGCUGCGCUACGACCACCAGACACGACUCACGGCCCGCGAAGCCAUGGAGCACCCGUACUUCUAUCCAAUCGUGAAAGACCCGACCAGAAUGGGAUCCUCCACUGUGCUUUCGUCAGCCAACACGCCUGUCAGCUCCUCCAGCAUGUUGGCAGGGAUCGCCUCCAUGUCUGCCUCUCAGCCCCUGGGCAGCCUGGCCGCCUCCUCUCCGGUCAUCUCCUCUCCCAACGCUCUGGGCUCGCCAGUCCCGGCCGCCGCAGGGGCACAGCCUUGACCUCAGCGCCUCCAACGCCGCCGCCGCUGCCGUUGCCGGCUUCUCCGGAGCCCCGCCAAGGCCGCCUGCCGCACAGAGGCCCCUCCCUCCCUCCCUCCCUCCCACAUCUCCUUCCUUCCUUCCCUUCCUUCCUCUUGCCCCCCACUGGCCUCGCAGGAUCCCCCAACGGCCCCAAAGCCCAGGCCGGGGAGGGAGGGGAGCGUCGUCUCUGGAAUCUGAUCCUCUAUUUUCUUUUUCCGUUCUGUUUCUCUGUCCGAGAGCCAAGCCUAGGCUGCUGCUGUUGCUGCUGCUGCUCCUCCUCCUUCCUCUUCCUCCUCUUCCUCCUCUCUGUGCGGCAGGAACGAAGGCGGACUCUGGCUGCUACGGACAGAGGCUUCUCUGUUGUCUGUGUGUCGAGUUGACGUCAGCUGCAUUCUUCCCAUGAGAGGGUCGUGGUUAGUGAUGCAACUACACAUGUAGACACCGGAAAUGGAGAAUAAAAUUUAUUUUCUAUGUCCCUAACACAA